UUUAUAUAUCUUUAGACAUCAAAUCAAAAAUCAUAUCAGAGAGACCAAAAAACCAAAGUCCAAAACCUAAAACCCAAACCCAACCCAUCAACACUUUCUCACUCUCUUUUCUAAAUUUCCCACUCAUUCUAGCUCAAAACCAUCAAAACCCACUUCUAAAGGCAUCAUGUCUCCUUGUACAAUGCCCCUCUCUCUCUUGUUUCUCCUCAUUUUAGCUGAUGUGAUCUCUUCCAUUGAAGCAACUUCACCAACCGAAGCAAAUGGGUCUUCCUUGGAGAAGAAUAGAAGCCAAGAGAGGUUGAUGGUGCCUCUAAUGGAGGAGAAAUAUGUGAUGAUGGUGAAUGAAACAAGAAGAAAGCUUAAUAGUUUUCAGAUAUGUGCUCUUUGUACUUGCUGUGGAGGAGCUAAAGGCUUGUGUUUGGCAUCUCCUUGUUGCUAUGCUAUAAAUUGCAACAUUCCAAAUAGGCCUUUUGGGUUCUGUUCUUUCACUCCCAAGGCCUGUAAUUGUUUUGGCUGCCAUAUCUAAGAAAAAUCUCUUUUCACAAAAAAAAAAAAAGAAGAAGUUUUAAUCUAUGCUCGGAAGUGUGAAAUGAGGAAGGAAGGAAGAAAGAAAGAAAGAAUAUCUGUUCUUGAUUUGUUUGUUUAUAAUUUUUGUCAUUAUUUAUUAUUGUAAGUGUUGUUAGCAAGUAAUAUUAUUGUUUUGGGAUUGCUUUUAGUUUUUAGGAAAAAAAAAAUAGUUAUAAUAAUUAGAGCAUUUUAUGCGUAUUUAGGAGGCAUGGUCCUUUGUUUAAGAAGCUAAUCUUUGUUUAAACAUUAUUUUAAUGUUAGUGCUAAGAAGGGCUGUUGAGGUA